UUGCAAUAUCAAAAUAUAAGAAGCAUGAGCUUCAAGAUGAUGCAUUUCAAAUCCUAACUUUACAUAGCAAACAACUGCGAUUAUAUAAUUCAUAAAUAAAACCUACUACAAUGAAGUGCCUCAUUGUUUUUGCAUUAAUAAUUUCCGCACUAUUGUAUGUCUCAGCAUCGCCCUUAUUACCAUUACAAAGACAUAAAAGGCAACAAGCCACCAGUUUCGAUCUAAAAAAUCCAGGCAUCGGAACACUGUCUCACACAGGCACUAUUGUGGACAAUCAAAACCAUUUGCUUACUGGAACUGGAUAUGCUUCAAAAGACUUCACAAGGGGCGGAUUGAAACCUGACGCUUAUGGAGCACAAGUGGAUUAUUCCCAUAAGCCUUCUGGAUCUGUUCUUGGAUUAGGAGCUGAUCACGUACGAAGAGCAGGUACUGAUGUAAGAGCUUCUGGCACAUGGAAUUUUGUGAAUACCAAAAACGCUGAAGUGGGUUUGAAUGGACAAUACGGAAGGCAUUUUGGAGCAGGAGCCGCUCCUGUAGAUGAUUUCGAAGAUGACCCAAUAAUACCAGAAAAACUAAGAAAAAUACGCAGACAACAAACUAGUUACGGCUUUAGAAGUCCAGGCAUAGGAACCGUAUCUCACACAGGAACCAUCCUGGAUAACCAAAACAAUUUGCUUACGGGAACUGGAUACGCUUCAAAAGAUUUCACAAGCGGCGGAGCUUUUUUGAAGCCUGACGUAUACGGGGCACAAGUUGAUUAUUCUCAUAAACAAUCUGGAUCUGGAGUUGGAGUAGGAGCUGAUCACAUACGAAGGGCAGGUACUGAUGUCAGAGCAACUGGAACAUGGAACAUUGUAAAUACCAAAAACGCAGAUGUUGGAGUGAGUGGGCAAUACGAAAAACAUUUUGGACCAGGUGGCAGUCAUUCAGACUAUGGAGUAGUUUUGAAAGGAACUGUUUUGGUUGAUUGAUAUUGCCUCUGUUCUUGUAAUAUCAAUCAACUCCAUCUACUUGCUGAUAUUGGAAAAUAACAUGUAUUACCACAGAGUAUUACUAAAUAAAAAUCUAAUAAUAGUUACUGCAUAUUGCUUGCUAGACAUUGACCUAUAUUUACUUCACUUUAAUAUUGAAAAAUAUGAAAAAAAUCACAAUAUAUUUUAGCCAAUAAAAUAACAGAGUUACAAAUCAAAUAAAACUAAUAAGAAACUUCAAAGAUCCAACCAAGAUUCAAUAAGUUGACUAAUUUGCACUCUAGCAGCUUUCAGCUGAGGUAAAUCGUCAUCGGAAGCUGGAUACAUAUUGGCACAAUGAGCAGUU